CACAAAAAAAGCACUCACGCAGUCUGGGCUGGGUCUGCUUGCUGCUUACAAGGAGGGGGACUCUUGUAUUCAUGGUGGUGCAGUGAUAACCUGAGCAUUUUUCCCCCUUUUUUUCAUCUUUUUUCCCCUUUUUCUUUUUGGGCACAGGGAAGGCUCAUGUCUGUCUUAUAGACAUGAUGGGCUUCGUGCAUUUAAGGACUUUCUUUUUUCUCAUCGUCUCCGGGGCUCAGGUUUUGAUUGUUUCAUGUCAAGACGGGACCAGUGGAGAUGAAUUGGGCUGCACGGCUGACGGCCAGACUUACACCAACAAGGACAUCUGGAAGCCGGAGCCAUGCAGGAUCUGUGUGUGCGACAACGGCCAGGUCCUGUGCGAUGAGAUCCAAUGUGACGAGCUGAGCAACUGUGACAAAGUGGUCAUCCCCGAUGGAGAGUGCUGUCCUGUGUGUCAGAGUGGCUCAUCAGGCGGCGGCGGAGGCGGCGGGGGUGGUGGCGGCCGGAUCUUUAGGGGCCAGAAAGGAGAACCAGGGGAUGUCCCACUCGUGACUGGUAUUAGAGGUCGCCCUGGACCUAUGGGACCUCCCGGCUCCCCAGGAGAGAGGGGAGCUCGAGGAAACAAAGGAAGACCUGGACUACGAGGCUCUGCAGGUUAUGAUGGAGAGCCUGGAGUACCAGGUCAGCCUGGGGAACCAGGACCUCCAGGACAUCCAACGCACCCAGGAGGCCUGGGAUCUGAGAUGGCUGGAUUAUCAGAGGGAAAAAUGGGACCUCAGGGCAUGUUAACUGGCUCAAGGGGGGAGGCUGGAGCCAGAGGACCACCUGGACCAAACGGCACACCUGGUCAUGCUGGAACACAAGGACCUCCUGGAGAAGUCGGUGAUCCAGGACACAUGGGAACAUCUGGGCAGAGGGGACCUGAGGGCCCUCCAGGGAAACCAGGUGAAGAUGGAGAGUCAGGCACACCAGGAAAUAGUGGAGAAGUUGGAUUCCCUGGAUCAGCUGGAUCCAGAGGAUUUCCAGGAACUCCUGGACCUCCUGGGCUGAAGGGUCACAGGGGUCACGGUGGACCUAUUGGCCAAAAAGGUGAACAUGGAACUGUUGGAUCCAAGGGUGCUACAGGCCCCUCUGGUCCAAUGGGAGCACCUGGACCCAUGGGUCCUGCUGGGAUGCCAGGGGAGAGAGGACGCUCUGGACCCGGCGGUAUAGCUGGAAAGCGUGGUCCACCUGGUAACGUCGGGAAACCUGGUCCAAUGGGUCCCUUGGGUCUCAGUGGACCAUCUGGAUAUCCUGGAUCACCAGGAAUGAAGGGACAACCUGGCCCCACAGGAGUCCGUGGUCCAGAGGGCCCCCAGGGACAGAGAGGAGAGACCGGUCACCUUGGCAGGGCUGGACCAGUUGGCCUCAGGGGAAUCAUGGGUACAGAUGGUGGCCCGGGUGCCAAAGGACCAGUGGGUAAUCUUGGCCCACAAGGUCAAGGUGGCCAUCUUGGACCCGCUGGUCCACCAGGACCCCAAGGAAGCACUGGUCAGCCUGGGAUCAAAGGAACAUUGGGAGAUGUUGGUGUGCCAGGAUUCAAAGGAGAAGCUGGACCCAAAGGAGAACCUGGUCCUCCAGGAUCCCAGGGAGUGAUUGGACCUCAGGGUGAAGAAGGAAAGCGAGGACAACGCGGUGACUCUGGCUCUGUCGGCCCUGCAGGCCCCGUUGGAGAGAGAGGAUCUCCUGGUAACAGAGGAUUCCCUGGUGCUGAUGGCAUGCCAGGACCCAAGGGUGCCCUAGGAGAUCGUGGAACAUCUGGACCACAUGGGCCCAAAGGCUCACUAGGAGACCCUGGUCGUACAGGAGAGGCUGGUCUACCAGGUGCAAGGGGUCUCACUGGUACCCCUGGAGUCCAGGGAGCAGAAGGAAAGCCAGGUCCACUGGGUGCCGCAGGUGAAGAUGGUCGUCCAGGCCCUGCAGGGUCCAUUGGAAACAGAGGACCAGCAGGAACCAUGGGAGUGCCAGGCCCUAAAGGAUUUAAUGGUGACCCAGGAAAGACAGGUGAACAAGGAUCUGCAGGAGUAGCUGGUCAGAGAGGUCCUCCUGGAAAAGAUGGAGAAGUUGGCCCUGCUGGACCCCCUGGCCCUGCUGGUGUCGCAGGAGACAGAGGAGAGCAGGGACCUCCAGGUGUAAAUGGAUUUCAGGGUCUGCCUGGAAAUCAAGGCCCUCCAGGAGAAUCCGGAAAACCAGGCGACCAAGGUAUUCCUGGAGAGCUGGGUGCUGUGGGCCAGAUUGGACCACGGGGAGAGCGAGGAAUCCCUGGGGAGAGAGGAGAGCUGGGUUCAACUGGUCUGCAGGGGCCUAAGGGGAUCCCUGGUGCACCCGGUCCUGAUGGUCCAAAGGGUAGUCCUGGUCCCCCUGGUGCACUUGGUGAUGUUGGUCCCCCAGGUCUUCAAGGAAUGCCAGGAGAGAGGGGCAUCUCUGGCCCUCCUGGGCCCAAAGGUGACAGAGGAGCGAUUGGUGAGAAAGGAUCAGAAGGCACAGCUGGAAAUGACGGUGCUAGAGGAACCCCAGGUCCUGUCGGCCCACUCGGACCUGCUGGGCCCAGCGGAGAGAAGGGAGAACCUGGACCCAAGGGGCCAGGUGGACCUCCAGGAUCCAGAGGAGUGCCAGGGGGAAGAGGUGACCCUGGUCCCAUUGGUAGUGUUGGAUUUGCUGGAACUCCUGGCCCUGAUGGUCAACCUGGAGUCAAGGGAGAGCCUGGAGAGCCAGGCCAGAAAGGAGAUGCUGGAUCACCAGGACCUCAAGGCUUGUCUGGUGCUCACGGGCCGCCUGGGCCAACUGGUGUUGCUGGGCUGAAAGGCGGACGAGGAACUCAGGGUGCACCAGGCCCCACUGGUUUCCCUGGAUCUGCAGGGAGAGUCGGUCCUCCGGGUCCCACUGGGCCCGCUGGAGAGCCCGGACCCAUUGGAGCACCUGGAAAAGAAGGUCCUGCUGGUCUUCGCGGAGACCACGGACCCCCUGGAAGACAAGGAGAACGAGGACCAGCAGGACCAGUUGGAAGCCCCGGAGACAAAGGGGACUCUGGAGAGGACGGACCCACGGGUCCUGAUGGUCCUCCAGGUCCAGCUGGAACUACAGGACAGAGAGGCAUUGUGGGUCUUCCUGGUCAGAGAGGAGAGCGCGGGAUGCCAGGUCUUCCAGGACCUGGGGGCCCACCAGGAAAACAAGGAUCCACAGGAACACCUGGAGAUAAAGGCCCUCCAGGACCAGUUGGUUCUCCUGGGUUAAACGGACCUCGUGGUGAUCCUGGUCCUGAUGGCCCUGCAGGGUCUGAUGGUCCUCCAGGCAAAGAUGGAGUUCUGGGACAGCGGGGAGACCGUGGAGAUUUUGGUCCAGAAGGUUUGAUUGGUCCUCAGGGACUUCCCGGCCCUCCAGGUCCCGUUGGAGUACCAGGUGAUGCUGGAAGGAGAGGAGAGGCUGGCUCAAGAGGACCUGUUGGCCCACCUGGCUCAGCUGGAAAGAGAGGACUAGUGGGACCUCAAGGACCAAGAGGAGAUAAGGGUGACCUUGGAGAUCAUGGAGAGAGGGGGCAGAAGGGUCAUCGUGGCUUCACUGGUCUGCAGGGUCUUCCUGGACCUCCAGGUACCACAGGUGAGCAGGGAGCUCCAGGAAUCGUUGGACCAGGCGGGCCAAGGGGGCCUCCUGGACCUAUUGGACCUCCUGGAAAAGAAGGAUACAUUGGUCUGCCCGGACCCAUGGGACCUCCUGGAACUCGUGGACUCAGCGGAGAAAUUGGACCCGAGGGCCCUCCAGGAGAGUCUGGACCCGCCGGCCCCCCUGGUCCCCCAGGACCCCCCAUGGCUGCUAUGGAUGACCUGUUUGGCGGCCUUCACGAUUACGACUCUGGCCCUCCUCCUCCUCCUGAGUUCAGCGAGGACGAGGCUAUGCCCAACAGCAACUCCUCCACCAUCUUGGCCGUGGACCCCGGCGUGCAGGCCACCCUGAAGGCCCUCAGCAGCCAGAUCAACAGCAUGAAGAGCCCCGACGGCAGCAAGAAACACCCAGCCAGGACCUGUGACGACCUGAAGAGGUGCUACCCCAUGAAGAAGAGCGGUGAGUACUGGGUGGAUCCAAACCAAGGCAGUGUGGAGGACGCCAUCAAAGUGCACUGCAACAUGGACUCCGGAGAGACCUGCAUCUCUGCCAACCCGGCCAGCAUUCCUCGUAAAGUGUGGUGGAGCGCUUCCAGGAACAAACCUGUGUGGUUCGGAGCUGACAUCAACAGUGGAACACAUUUCGCUUAUGGCAACAAAGAGCAGCCGGCUAACUCGGUCACAGUUCAGAUGACUUUCAUCCGCCUGCUCUCCAAAGAGGCCUCCCAGACCAUCACCUACCACUGCAAGAACUCAGUGGGCUACAAGGACGAGAAGAAUGGCAACUACAAGAAAGCUGUGAUCCUCAAAGGCUCCAAUGACCUGGAGCUCAAAGCAGAGGGAAACAACCGCUUCAGAUACACAGUGGUGGAGGACUCCUGCUCGCAAGCAAAUGGCCGGUGGGGCAAGACAGUGUUUGAGUACAGGACACAGAAAACAGCAAGACUUCCUAUUGUGGACAUUGCCCCCGUGGACAUUGGUGGCUCGGAUCAAGAGUUCGGCGUCGACAUCGGGCCCGUGUGCUUCUUGUAAAACCGUCAGCAGGGACGCAUGGAGGAGAAUCCUGAGACUAUUGAACUAACAAGCUGACGCGAUCAGCCACAUUGUACAUACGAGUACUGAGGACUAUUGUGGCCCUGUGGCAAGAUAUUUAUUGUGCCUUCAACCCAGAUCAAGACAUCGAAGAUUUGUAAGUUAGGAUGAAUGUUUGAAAUUGACUUAAAAAGAAAUUGGUACAAAUCAGAAUCAUUCCUCUGUCUUCUUGUGUAUGUUUGACUUUAAGCAUGACGCAUUCAAUGCUAACCUUUCAUAGUUUAAUUUAGUCCUGACGAUUUGACUAUUUCAUACCGUAAAUUUGCCAAAGAUUUAACACUACAGAGGCUUUAAAUAGUAACUGCUGUUUAUAGGCUGAAAGAUCCCACCGAAGCUACGUUAAAUGUUGUUCUGCCACUUCUAUUUUUUACAAAUUUGUCUUUUACUUUAUUGUUCUAAAUGUUUGAAUAUAAGACAACAUUGUGGUGCUAUAGAGGAAACACACAGCCGAUGAUGCCUUCACUGGCGCAGGUAUUUUCCAGAGGCAGUUUUGAUGAACCAAUGUCUGUAUCCAGUUGCUUGGACCUCUGUACCGACAAACGUGGAACAUUAAAAGACACAUUAAGACUGUCCCUUCCUCAGUGUUAGCUACCUCGUCACCCGGACGGAGAACCGAUGACACUACAUGUACAUCUUUUUUUUCACAGGUGCUGUUUUGUAAGUAGUGUGAUCCUUGUGAACUUCUCCCGGCUGCGCGGUACAGGGCAGGGUUUGGGGAUACCAAUAAAGAUCUUUCUGUCGACGACGGAGAGGUGAAUGAGGUGUCGUGUGAGUGGUGUGUGGUGAUUUGUAACUUGUUUUUUUUUCCUGUAGAUUCAAUAUCGUACAGUUAAAGGUAGCAUAGGAGAUUGGAUUUUUAUGCAUGUCAGUUGCCCCCUUUUCAGUAUCCUGGACGUAUAUGCUCUUGAACUCCUUUUUUAUAACCAGUUUUUUUUUUUUUUAUAUAGAUAAGGUGGCUGUGAGUGCCUGUUUGCUUUGUAUUUCUUGCUAUGCAACAAAUUAAACAAAACGCUUGUUAAUCCC